AUGCAGAUCUUCGUGAAAACCCUAACAGGGAAGACCAUAACUCUUGAAGUUGAAUCCAGCGAUACCAUCGACAAUGUCAACGCCAAGAUUCAGGACAAGGAAGGUAUUCCAUCGGACCAGCAGCGACUGAUCUUUGCCGGAACUGUCUCUUAUGGCCUUGGCCAGGAAAUACAACCAAGAGAAGAUGAUUUGCCGCAAGUAAAGCUGGGACUUUUGACAGUAUCUCCAAUGGGGUUUGGUACUUGGGCAUGGGGCAAUCAGCUUCUCUGGGGUUAUGAAGAUUCUAUGGACUCUGAACUUCAGCGGACUUUCAAUCUUUCUGUGGAGAAUGGCAUUAACCAAUUUGAUACGGCUGAUUCUUAUGGGACUGGAAAGUUAAAUGGACAAAGUGAGAAACUUCUUGGAAAAUUCAUUCGCGAGUUUCCAGGAGACAAGCAAGUACAGAAUGACAUUGUGAUUGCAACAAAAUUUGCAGCAUACCCAUGGCGCCUAACACCUGGACAAUUUGUGAAUGCUUGCAAGUCUUCUCUGGAAAGGAUUCAAAUUGAGCAAAUUGGAAUUGGACAAUUGCACUGGUCAACUGCAAAUUAUGCACCUCUGCAAGAACGAGCUCUUUGGGAUGGUUUAGUUUCAAUGUACGAGAAGGGUUUAGUUCGUGCAGUAGGAGUGAGCAACUACGGACCAAAGAAGCUGCUGAAAAUACACACAUAUCUUGAUGACCGAGGAGUUCCUUUGCGUUCAGCCCAGGUAGCUAUCAACUGGUGUGUAUGCAAGGGUACAAUUCCUAUCCCUGGAGUCGUCUGUAAAACAAGCUGAAGAGAAUCUAGGAGCCCUUGGUUGACAACUCACUUCUGAUGAACUGCUCCA